AUGCCGGUUCAGAGCAAAAUGAAAUUUUCAGUUUCCGGAGAAUACAUCUGCGUGUGCAUAGUUGGAUGGGCUGGAAAUGGGGAAAUCUGUGGGCGAGACUCGGACUUGGACAGCUGGCCUGAUGAUCAGUUGCCAUGUGGAGAAGAGCACUGCAGAAAAGAUAACUGCCUUGACCUGCCUAAUUCCGGACAGGAAGACGCCGACGGAGACGGACUUGGAAAUGCCUGCGAUCCAGAUCCAGAUGGUGAUAAUGUUAUAUCGGAUGAUAACUGUCCUUUCCGCCCCAAUGCUGACCAAAGGGACUCCGAAAGAAAUCCAGACAAAAUCGGAGAUGUUUGCGACAAUUGCGUAAACGUUUACAAUCCAGACCAAUCGGACAUUGAUAACGACGAUAUUGGAGACGCUUGCGAUCCCGACAUGGAUAAUGAUGGCAUUUUAAAUGAACGAGAUAACUGUCCAAGACACGCCAACAGGAAUCAGCUGGAUUCGGAUGGGGACGGGCUUGGAGAUGUGUGCGAUAAUUGCCCCAGCAGAUACAAUCCCGAGCAGGAAGAUGUGAAUGAAAAUUUGGUGGGAGAUGUAUGUGAAACCCGGAAUGAUAUAGAUCGGUAAGCUAGUAGGAAAUAGGAAGGCACUUCCUAAGGAAAUCGUAGGAACGACAUUAAAACAUCACUAAAACGCGUACAAACUUCGCUGGGGGUUGCCUGACUUGAGUAACUUUAAGCUCGUCUGGCCACCAAGCA